UCUCUCAACAUUUAAAAGAAUGAUUCUUACAUAUCUUCUUGCACUGACGUGUAUUUAUGUUGUACACUCAGAAUGUCCAGUUGGUUGGGUAGUAGGUAAUACUUCAUGUUACCUAUUUCAUCAUGAAAAAUUGUCAUGGACAGUAGCAUCACACUACUGUCGAUCAGUGGGAGGACAUCUUGCUACAGUGGAAUCUAAACAAGAAAAAGAUGAAAUUCAUGAAUUUUCAAAGUACCACUCAGCUGGAGACUUCUGGUUGGAUGGAAUAGAUGAUGUUCAUGAAUCUGACUGGAGGUGGGCAUCGACAUAUAGCAUAAUCGAUCCAACGUUUUGGCAUCCCGGCCAACCAGACAAUUUAAAUGACAAUGAAGAUUGUUUGGAAGUAAGAACUGGCGAUCAUGGUCGAUGGAAUGACGAUGAGUGUGAUAAACACCAGUUUUGUUUGUGUGAGAAAUCACUUACAAAUAAAUAA